UUUAUUAAAAAUAUAUAAAAAAAAAAAAUAAAAUAUAAUAAAAAAACAUAAAAAAUAUUAAUGAAAAUGCUUACAACAUCGGGAGUACAUUUUAUUGGGUCAGAUGGCUGCCAUCAGAAGCAUAAAAUAUCUUGGCUUGCUAUGCUAUUUAUUACGGUUGCAAUAAUAUGCAAACAUGGCUCAGUUUCUGGCGUACCGGCAAAACUUGAUCCAAAAAUUAUGGAAUUGCCAGAGUAUAUCCGGAAUCUUAAUGAUCCAGAUAUUGGUGGUCCGGUUGAUUAUGUGCCCUCUCCAGAUGCAGAAAACUUAAAAAUUAUUGCUUGGGACUUAUUACCACCAAAAGACUCUGAACAAUAUCAUACCAGUGAGAGUAGAAUCAUAACCAAAGAUAAUAAUCCACCAAAAGACAUAAUUGCUACCGAAAGUAUCAAUAAUUAUACAACUAAAGCAAUAUUAUCAGCUGGCCAAAGCCUUAGUCCGGUAGCAACGCUUGUUAGUCAUGUCACUGGUGGCAAAGUGGAAACUGAUAAUUUAUCUCAGAAAUUGAAAACAACCACGCCCACAAAUCGACCUUCAACCACGACAAAAUCUCGCUUAACGACUAUCGCAAAUGAAUCUACGUUCUUACGACUUGAGGCGGGCGAUUCUUCUACUCUGCCAUCUUGGUUGGCGGAUAUUGAUGAUCCCGACCUUGACGUGGCUGUACCGUUUAUUGUGCCUAACGAUAACAAUGAUUAUAAUCAUACCGUCGAGCGUGAAAUUCUGCCACCCCUUGAGCCGUUUAUCGAUCUCAGCACUUUACACCUACCUACGAAUACAGAGACCUCGAAUAGAUCUUCUUCCACCACGUCUUUUACUAGUCAUGUCACAACGACAAAAAAACCGACGACUACCACAACACGUCGUCCUUUAAUGACAACCUAUCAUCGGCAUUGGGUUCAAACCAAAAAUAUAUCAACGACCAAAAAUCCUAACACUAUCACUACAUUAAAACCGUUUACAAACAAUCACAGAUCGUCCACAUCAGAACAGCACGCCGCAGCAUCGUCACUCAUAUAUACUAAAUCAAACAUUAACGCUUCACAACACAGCAUUAGUACAACAAUCAAACCAAACAAAUCAACCUCUAACCAUUUGUCUAACAAAAAUAUUUCGCAUAUAACUUCAGGAACAUCAACACCCAGUCGACCUAAUUCAUUAUUGACGGUUCCAAAUAUCAAUAGUCAUGUUAAGGAUCAGGAAUCCGUUUCUACCGAUUUAUCGUCUAAGAUUGAGGGCAAUCCGUUUGAACCGACGAUACCUCCGUGGUUAAAAGGAUUCGAUUAUCCAGACGUUGGCCCAGGCGUUCCAUACGUUUACAAUCCUGAUGAAAUUGACGACGAUGAGGAGGAUGAUGACGAUACGUCAACAUUCGAUUCGGGAAGCAAUACGAAUUUUCAAUCGUCGUCGCCUUCUAUAGCCUCCAAUCCAUUUGCACCUAACAUUCUACCUAAUGCAGUUACCACGAAGAGAACUCCAUUUGGUUUUAAUCCAUCAAUUGUGAUACCAACCAUUGAAGCCACUUUACAGCCCCUAGACGUGCGCUAUGAAUCGUUCCCGCCCUAUUUUAAUGUCACCACUUCUUAUGACGUUCCGCUGAUACCGACUCAGACGACAAUCGUCAAAGCCGGCGAUGAGAAAUUCCUUCGAAACAAUCAACUAACAACCGGUACAACAUCAGCAUCAAUCCGAAAAGGCGAGACAAAAUAUAACAGCAGGUUUGGAGGACCGCCUGGUAUUUUAGCUCCGCAAGGUGUCGCCUCAGUAACAGCUACAGCUACUACCAAGAGUUUCAGCAGCCCAAACGUUGCUACAACCAAGCAUCAUGUCACCUCGGAUGCACACAAAUUUAAGGGAAGCUUUGGAGGUCCACCUGGUGUAUUAGCACCCUUCGACGACGGAAAAGGUGCGAAAUCUAAAUCAUUAUAAACAAGUCGCAUACAAUUGUUAUAGACAACGA